AUGAGAGCUUUAGCUUACUUCGGUCAAAAUGAUGUUAGAUUCACAACAGAUCUAAAAGAACCAGUCAUUUCUGCAGAUGAUGAAUUGAUCAUUGCUGUUUCAUAUUGUGGUAUCUGUGGUACAGAUUUAAAAGAAUACACCGAAGGUGCAAUUUUUUUCCCACCAGAUGGUGGUCAUAAUGAAAUUUCAGGUAAUGGUUUACCUCAAGCAAUGGGUCAUGAAAUAUCUGGUGUUGUUGAAAAAGUCGGAAAAGGUUGUAAGACUUUUAAAGUAGGCGACCACGUUGUUGUUGAACCAACUGGUACUUGUAAGGAUAGAUACCGUUGGCCUGAAUCCCAAAAUGCUAAUAAACCAAUGUGCAGUGCUUGUUCAAUUGGUAUGACUAAUAUUUGUGCUCAUUUAGCUUUAUGUGGUGCUGGUCUGGAAAGUGGUGGAUUUGCUGAAAGAUUAGUUAUCAACGAAGCUCAUGUUCAUAAAAUCCCAGACCAUAUGCCAUUGGAUAUUGGUGCUUUAAUUCAACCAAUUUCGGUUUGUUGGCAUGCUGUUAAAGUUGCUCACUACAAGAAAGGUGGGUCUGCUUUGAUUAUCGGUGGUGGUCCAAUUGGUUUAGGUACUAUUUUGGCUUUGAAAGGUUUUGGCUGUGAAUAUAUUGUAUUAUCCGAACCAGCUACAAUCAGAAGAGAAUAUGCUGGUAAAAUGGGUGCCAAGGUUUAUGACCCAACUGGUGUGCCAUUUGACGAAUCUGUGAAAACAUUAAGAGAAAUGGGUCCAAAUGGUGAUGGGUUCGACUACACUUUUGAUUGUUCUGGUUUACCAAUUACUUUAAAUGCCGCCAUUGAAUGUUGUACUUUCAGAGGUACAGCUGUCAAUGUGGCCGUCUGGAAUAAUAAACCAGUCGAAUUCUACCCAAUGGACAUUACACACCAAGAAAAGAGAUAUACCGGUUCUAUGUGUUACACAUCUGAAGAUUUCGAAGAAGUCAUUGAUGCUUUUGAAACAGAUAAAAUUGAUAUUGCGUCAGCAUCUCAUAUGAUUACGAACAAAGUCCCAAUUGAAGAUGGUGUUGAUGGCGCCAUCAUGAGAUUAUUAAACGAUAAAGGUCAUGUUAUAAAAAUUUUAUUAACACCAAAUAACAACGGUGAGUUACGUGAUAGAAGACCAGUAGAGCUGAACGUUUAG